AUGGGACUCUUUGACUGGUUCCCUUUCAUUCGCAGGAAGGGGUACAACCCUGUCUUGCUGUACCACACCAUACUCGUCAGCAUCACAACUACCGGACGACGCCGUUUUGAUGUCCUCAGUACAAGUUUUCGCACCAUCGGUUACGCCUACUCCAGUCAUCCUCAGGACGUCGCCAAUAGAAUGCUUCAAAAAGAAGUAGAACGAUUGGGGAAUCAUCUCAAUAUGAUGCUGUACCUCGAUGGUCCACAGCCAGUAGAGAAGGCGAGUACGGCUCAAGUUCGAGAAGCGGCCCGAAUGAAGGCAUUGGACCAUCUUUCGACAGACGUGGAAACUUUCGAAACCCGAAUGGAGGCGGAUCUCAGGAUCAGAAAACAGCACUUUAUAGCCAUCCGGAAGAACCUUGUUUCGGCGUUCUAUUGGUCCUUGCCUAGUCGGCAACACUUUGCGGAGUACAUGAGAGGUGUCGGCUGGACUGUUAUACUUUGCAAUACGGAGGCAGAUGUUGCUAUCGCGCAGGAUGCCCAGCCGGAAGACAUUGUAAUCUCCUCGGACAGCGACAUGAUGGCCAAUGCAUCUGUCCAAACACCUGUCUCCCAGGGUCUCAUUCUUGUCUACUCUAUGCCGGACGUCCUCAAGACUAUCGAAUUCAGCAGGAACCAGCUAACUGCACUGGCCAUCGUCGCUAGAAAUGACUACCAAAGGAACAUUUACUCCCUUGGUCCGGCAUCCAACUAUUCUAUCAUCAAGGCCAUUGGACACAAAUCAGUUGUUCGAGACAUCGUGUCGGCGUACCUACGGGAUGGCAAAGUCGUAACAAGGAACACGCAGCAGGGAACCUUUGAGGCCUCCAUGCGAGUGUUUAUCGACCAGCUGCAGACCCGGAUCGAACCUGUGGUUUUUCAGAUGCCCUCUCAGGUUGUCUUUGAUGCGUGCCGGCAGCGUUUCGAGGAUCUCAUGCAGAGAUACAAUCUCAGGAAGCAGCCUCGAGGAACUAUAUCUAGGUCCCCCCAGGAGAACAUCGUUCGAGUGCGGAAGCCUCAGUCUUUCAAUCGGUACAGAACUGUGGAGUCACCCAUUCUGGUCUCAGAAUCGCCCCCGCCACAAGCAGCCCCUGUCCCACAGGAACACGACACACCCUCCGUUACAGCCUAA